UCAAAAUAUAUACGUUUAUUCCCCUGCCUCCUCUGUAUGAUUAAUCAAUUGCUGGUGAAGUAGUUGUGAAAUAUUUUAUUAGAUGUUGAUGCAUAUUCAUCUACAUGUAUUUUUGAAAUUAGCAUGAAAAAUGGGAAAAGGGUUUUUUUAUUUUUCUAUAUUCUUUGCUUGUGGAUCAUUGCGGGUUGGAAAAAUUGAGGAAUUUACUUGUUAAGGAAACUUUUUGUAUUUUUAGUAUGAAAAUGAAUAAUAUUUGUAUCAUGCCACUGAUAUGGACAUGGAAGCAAGGAAACGAGAAAAAGUUCCUAAGUCACUAGAGCAUGCAGAAAAUUUAAGCACUCUCACUCCACUUGCCACAAAAACAGGGCAUUUAGUAUACUUUAAUUGCAAAAUUGUUGUGUGUACCGUAUAUUUCUUGAGCAGAUCAAAUGAACAAUCAUCUAGUUUUCGACCUUUGACUAUUUUGAUGAACAUCCUGUGUCUGAUGUAUUGACUACCCUGAUGGUAGUAGAUACAGUAUUCUUGUUGCAGAAAUCUAGUUCCAUUUCAUAAAUCAACUGUGACAAUAAAAGGUAAAAGUAAACAAGAGGAGGCAGCCAUGAGUUUUACCAGGAUAAAAGCCUUGAUGUUCUCUCUUGUCAGUCUUAUGUCUGAGCUUUCGUCUUCAGAUAUAUCGAGCAAUAUAUCAACUAGAUCCUUCAUUUGUUGACCUGCAUCAUUGUUAUGCCGACAUUUCGUCGUUGUCUCUUGAUGUUCCUCUAUGAUCUUCUCAAUCAUUACGUCAAACCUCUCAGCUGCAUCUCUAAUCCUCUUCUUGAAUCCCUGAUUUCGAGAUUAAAGAGAGGAUUGAUCAUAUCCUUUCAGCUCUGUUUGCAGGUGGCUACUGAGCGUGUCUUUGUUCUGAAUACUGUGAGAUCUAAGCUUCCUUUCGUAGUUACUACUACAGAUGAUGCCAAAGAAUCUGUAAAGGAGGAAAUUCGCUUGAGGAUGAGUCUCAGGACCAUAUAAAGAGGUAGCAACUUCAUGAACUAGCCAUGCUGAACUCAAAUUUUAGAGAAGAGAGUCCAGGACCAAGUGGCAGCGUGUCACGUUUCAAUACUAGUGGAAUGAAAUGUCCCAAAACUGGGCAUUGAAAUGUUGUAUCCGCUGCUUCAUUGAAGUACUUUCUCUUGACCUCUGAUCUGCAGAGUUAUGCCUGAACAUAUACAAUUCGUGACUAUCAACUCUCCUUACGGCUCAAUGCGCAGCUACCUAAGUGAAGAAUUGAUAUGAACAAACAAAGGGGUAUUUGGAGAUAUGCGUUUUGGCUGGAAUUUUUUUUUUGUUUUUAAGUUUCUAUUUAUUUACUGAAGAACAUAAAACAGAGACAGAAACAUGACGAGGCAGUUGGAGUAGGGGUGGAAACGGGAGAAGUAGAAAUUGGUUUAUACAGUUGGCCUCUUGAGUUAGGAUUUAUUUGUAACUGAUAGUUUUUAGCUUUUUGGUUUUUACAGUUGAAGCAUUUGAUCAAGUGUUUUUGUUACAUAUGUAGGAUUUAUUUGUAACUGAUUGUUUUCUUA